AUGGCUCGUGGCUACCUCACCAAGCUCCUGAGUUUCAAAUUCAAGUACGACGAUCCGGAACCCUCCGGCAAACGACACAAGCGGAAGAAAACCGGUGGCUCAUCCUUGUCCACACCCGAGACCGCUGCAAUAUGCCAAACCGAGCCAGAUAUUGACACAUCAGCCAAUCAGGUCUACCCUUGCCUCCAAAGCCCGCCUGUCACUACCUCCGACGACCUGACGCCUAUAGACUCACCAUGUGGAUUGACACAAUCUUGUCCAUCUGAUCGCCCCUCGAUUGCUACUCACGUGAACGAUCAUCAAGAGUCAGUGCCAAUGCUUCGCGCGCCGUCUGAUACACCUCACACCAGAGGUGAUGGCCUGAUUAGCUUGCGGUCGGAGACCACUUACACCGGGGUCGACAAUCAAAUUAUCCCGCUGGCCGAGUUGCGUGGCAACAUGCCCGAGUUACGUGUGGAUCCUGACUGGCUCUCGAUAGGUGCUGACGCCCCACCAGAUCUCAACAUCCAAGGUACCACCCCCCCUGGUCCGACGUUCUUUACAGGUAUCACCCUAGAAAUCCGCACGCAUUGCAUCUACCUGUCAGUUGGAUCCAAUAAUGCACGUCCGUGUAUCCUGCUGACCACCUGGAUUGCUGAUCCGCAUCUCAAUAGUCGAGUCAAGUCCCUCAGUGGGCACCUGUGGAUGAUCGCGCGAAAGGAGCAUCCGUCGGAAUUCUUUGAGAACGCCUUGUUGGAUUGGGCUACACUCGGUCGGACCAAGUGUCAGAGUGUUUUUUAUGACAUCAACUCUUUUGAUGUUGAACAGCCAGGAUAG